GAUUCAUAAACUAACUAUAUACCUUAAUAUUUGUUUAUUUCUUUUUAAUUAUAAUUAUUUCUAUAUUUCAAAAUUAAUAUUUGUUUUUUUAAUAUUUAAAGAACUACAGUAACACUACAAACCAUUUUUUAUAUAUAAAUCCACCACCAUAUUAUAAUAAAUAAAUAUAAAAUAUAAAUAUAAAUAUAAAUAUAUUAAUAUAAAUAAUGUCAGAAACCACCGCCACUACAAAUGUUCAAUCACAAAUUCAACCACAACAACCAACCAUUGGUGUUGUAAGAGCUGUAAACUCUGGCGAUUCAUUAGUUAUUCAAGAUUUAAGAUCAGCUGAUGCACCAAGAAUCGAAUACUCAUUAUCACAUUUAACAGUACCACGUUUAGGUUAUCAUGGUACAGGCGAUAAACCACCAACCAAAGAUCUUCCAUUUGCUUGGGAAAGUCGUGAAUAUUUAAGAAAAAGAGCUAUUGGUAAAAAAGUUCACUUUUAUGUUGAUUAUACAUCACCACUUCAAAAACAAUUCAUCACAGUUUAUCUUGCUGAUGACAAAGAAAAUAGCUUAAAUAAACAAAUGAUUGCCUCAGGCUGGGCUGCAUUAUAUAGAUCAACUUCUGGUAAAGAAAAUAAGAAACCAGAAUAUUUAAAUUUAAUUCAAUUAGAAGGCGAAGCAAUUAAAAAUGAAUUAGGUAUUCACAAUAAAAAUCCAAUUGCAAUCCAAAAUUCAAUUCGUCCAAUCCAUACAAUCAAUUCAUUUGAUCUUUUUAAUAAAUUAAAGGAUAAACCAUUAACAGCAGUUGUUGAACAAAUUAGAAAUGCUUCAAGCUACAGAAUUACAAUUUUACCAUCAUUCCACCAAAUUCAAAUCCAAUUAUCUGGUGUCCAAUGUCCAGGUUAUAAAAAAGAUAAUAAUGGUCAAAUGCAACCAGAACCAUUUGCAGUUGAUGCUGAAUCUUUCAUCUCCAAAAACCUUUUACACAGAGAUAUUAAUGUCAAUCUUGAUACUUUUGAUAAGCAAGGUAAUCUUUAUGCUACCGUUAAAUGUGGUGAUAGAGAUGUUUCAGUUGAACUUUUAAAGAAUGGUUUAGGUUCAUAUGUUGCCUGGAGUGGUUCCUCACGUUCUGCCCCAGAUCAAUUAGCUUUAAAACAAGCUGAAGAAUCAGCCAAAGGUCAAGGUUUAAGAAUCUGGCAUCAAGCUCAACAAUCAUCAUCAUCAUCAUCAUCAUCAUCAUCAUCAUCUGGUGCUGAACAAUAUCCAAAGGAAAUUAAUGGCAAAGUUGUCGAUAUUGGUAACAAUGGCCAAAUUGGUAUUUUAACUGAUGAUAGAAAAGACUAUAAAGUAGCUUUAGCUAGUAUUAGAGUUCCAAACUUUACCAAACCAACCGAUAAAGAAGAUGCCAACACUAAAUUUGAAAGAUAUUAUGCCUAUGAAGCUAAAGAAUGGCUUAGAAAGAGAUUAAUUGGUCAAAGAGUUACUGCUAAACUUGAAUUCAUUCGUCCAGCCAUUGCCUCUAACAAUCUUCCAGAAAAACCAUACUAUAGCGUUUAUUUAGGUAAAGGUAAUGUCUCUUUGGGUCUUGUCGAAGCUGGUCUUGCCCGUCUCGCUGAACAUAAAGGUGCUGAUAAUCGUGCUAUCGACUAUGAAGCUUUAAUCACUGCUGAAAACAAAGCCAAAAAGAAACAUGCUGGUCUUCACUCAAAUAAAGAUAAUGCUCCAUCCUACAAUGUUAAUGAUUGUUCAGCUGACGAUAAAAACUUAAAAGCCAAAGCUCAAAAACUCCUUCCACAUAUCCGUGGUCUCACUUUAACAGGUGUUGUCGAUUACGUAUUCUCUGCUCAAAGAAUUAAACUUUUCAUUGAAAAAGAAUCAUGUUUAAUUAAUUUCACUCUCAGUGGUAUUAGAGCCCCACGUAGAGAUGAAAACGAAGAACUCUCAAAUAAAGCUCUUGCCUAUAGCCGUGAACAUCUCCAUCAACACGAUGUUACAGUCCAUAUUGAUGACAUUGAUAAAGGUGGUAAUUUCAUUGGUAAUUUAAUUAUUGGCAAUAAGAACUUUGCUCUCUCACUUGUCGAAAUGGGUUAUGCCUCAAUUUAUGACCCAAUGUCCCGUCUUAGUGAUUUUGCUAGAUUCCAAGAGGCUGAAGAAAAAGCCAAAGCUAGUCGUCUCAAUAUUUGGAAAAACUAUGACCCAGAAGAAGAACAAAGACUUGAAGAUCAAAAGAAAGCUGCUGAAGAAGAAAAGAAACAACAAACCAAAGCUGAAACUGGCGAAGCCUAUAUUAGGGCCAUUGUUUCACCAACUGAAAUCUACCUUCAAUUCUGCAAUGCCAAAAACAAUGAUAUUGAAUCACAAUUAGAAGCAUUAAACCUUAAUGAAGAAUCAAAUGUCGCCGUACCAAAGGUUGGUGAAAUUAUUAAAUACAAAUCAUCACACGAUAACAAAUGGUAUAGAUCAAAGGUUUUAGCAGUUAUUGAUAAUAAAGUUCACGUUUUAUUAAUUGAUAUUGGCGAAAAAGAAUCAUUCAACCAAUCAGAAUGUAAUACUCGUGCCCGUACUCUUAAUGGUAAACUCUCAUCACUCUCACCACUCGUUACUCUUGUUAAAUUAGCUGCCUGUAAGAAUCCAAGCAAUGACGAUAUCUUUAAUGAUGCUAUGGACUUUAUGGAAAAGGAAUAUUUCGAUCUUAAAGUCAAAGUUAAUGUCAUUAGAGAAAUCGAUGGUGUUUUACAUGUUACCCUCUCUGAUCCACAAGGUAUGAUCAAUGGUGAACUCAUCCGUAAUGGUUUAGUCCGUCUUGACCGUUCAACUAAAUUAUCAUCUGUCAUUCAAGCCCUCGAAGAUGACGAAAAGAAAGCCAGAACCAAUAGAAUGGGUGUUUAUACUCAUGGUAAUAUUGACUCUGAUGACGAAGAUGAUAAACCACGUAAUAAUAAUAAUUUUAAAAAAGGUAAAGGUAAACCACAACCAAGAAAAUAAAAUAAUAAAUAAACCAAUAAAUAUAGAAUUUUAUUUAUAAUUAAUUAUAUAAU